GCCCGGAUUAGAUCAUAAACAACCAUGGAUCCGCAGGAUGGUGACACUCAAGGUUGUAUAUCAAGUGCAUUUUAGAACAUCGUGUUCAGAAUAAAAGGGAUAUGGAUUGAGCUGGAUGACCGUUCAACUGAUUGUCAACCACGAACCUUUCUUUUCCUACAGCGGGACAGUAUCUUGCAUGUGGUAUUGAAGAGGAGAGGAAAAAGCUUCUUGGUGACCUGCUACAGGGAUUUCGAGGACCAGGGAGAGCCCCAAACAACUCCAAACAAGGAGGCCAGAACACAGGGAGACCAUAAAAACAAGGAGAUUGAGUUGGAAUAAUAGACUAUAUAUCUACACUGAUGACACAACCUUCUACCUAUACUCUUCCAACUCCAACUACAACAAGCUGGAAAACCUAGAACAUUGGAUCCCACAUUUUAUUACGCUAAACCUAAAGAUUUUUUGAGUUUUCUGUGACCCAUCGAGUAGCCUAAACCAAAUCCAUGUUUCCAGACAGAAUCCAGUCCUAGUAAGUGGCAACCCUAAAGCAGCCAGCCACUUCCCUCCUGUGGGCCCGACCCACCUCUUGGGAACCAGUGAGUUGGUGGAGAACAACAUUGUGAGGGAGAGGAUGGGCAACAAGAGCACCAGCCCCCCCAGAGACCCGGACACUGAGACGACUCAGAGAGAGGAGGCAAACAACACGGAGACUGCCUCAGGAAGUGGCCCCCCAGGCCCCAGCCCUGACCUGCUAGCCUCACUACAGUCUUUGGGAGAACACAGUGACCACACACUGCUGCCACAGUCUCUACACCAGAUAGCGGAGGCCUACUCCCUGGUAGAGGAAUAUCAGUGGGCAGUGCAGUUCCUGCAGCUGGAGAGGCUAUAUCAUGAGCGCCUCCUGUCCAACCUCGCCGCCCUGCAGGAAGACUGGGAGAGCCAGUGGAGAAAGCGUAACAGAGCAGCGGAGAGCACCUCACCAGGUGAAACCAACAGCAUUGGACAGGAACACAUAGAAAUACUGCGCCAGAUCUGCAGGACGCACCAGAGGCCAAUGCUUGGUGCGGAAAAGAGCAUGGCAGACACAGUGCUGAAAGACAACCGCAACACCAAGGAGCAAUGUGAGAGGAAUGAGAGAGAAUCACCAUCCCACCAUGGAAAAGUCAGAGGCAGCAACCCUGUAAGACAGGGUGAGGAGGAUUUUGAGCAGACCACGCCAACAGGAGCUGACUCUGCCAUGGCUGAGGAGGAGGGAGGAGUGGUGGAGAGAGGAGUGGAGGAGGGAGGAGUGGACGAGAUGGAGGCGGAAGGGCAGGUGGAUGAAGAGGAGGUGUUUGAGGAGAGUCCAGAAGAGGAGGUGCAGGUGGUGGAGUGGCCAGCGGGGGUUCCCCAAGCCUCAGCCAAAGACCUGGUUAAACUCUCUCAUGUGGAGGAGAGCUCCUCACCAGAUGGCCUGGUGUCCAUUCUGAAAAGGAGGAGGGCGUCGUUAGAUGGCCUGCCCCCAGAGGGUCCCGAUGCAGCCAAACAGAACUCCAAACGCAAGGUGCGCUUCAGCGAGCCAGAGGAUGGCAUGGAACCAGACGAGGUGGGUGGAGACUCUUGUUUGAUCCUGCUGUUGUUGUGCUUAGUAACCGUGGUGAUCAGUCUGGGCGGGACUGCUCUGUACUGCACCCUAGUGGACACCUACAGUAGUAUCUGCACCGACUUCUCUCACAACGUGGACUUUUACGUGGUCCAAGUACACCACUUCCUGGACGGGCUCAGACACUGGCUGUCCAUACGCUCAUAGUCAGCACGGUCUACUGGAGCAGUAAGGACAUACAGUCAGUCGCCUGCUGCAGCAGUAUAUGGACUUAUACAGAAGCCCACCUACUGCUACAGUCUAGCGACUCUUAUGAAACCCUAGGAGGAAGACCAGCAAAAAUAUACUGUAAGACUGGUAACACUACUGGUUGGAGAGAAUGCUUUAGGUGAAGUCAGACACUGGCUCCCCAUACUGUCCAAGCCAGGGAAAAGAUUCAGUAAGAGGGUAUUAUAUACUGUAUGAACUGCUCUGAGACUGAGACAAGAGGGAGCACUUGACUCUAGUCCCAGUAUGAAUUAGAGAAAGUCAUUGAAGUUCUGGGAUAGGGUCUGAAAUAGAGAGUGAAUGGGCUUGUGAGCAUUGAUCUAACAGGAGGCACAGGUGCAGACAUUUUGAACUACUGACAUUUCAUAUGCAGACCAAACUGUUUCCGGAACACUGCCUCCUCUUGUUUUUGACCAGAAGUUUUUAACCUCAAGAUGGACACAGCACAAAAGAGCUCCCAAAAACAUGCAAAGGAACAAAACAUAGCAUUGUAAAGUAUAUUCUAGUUGGAUUUUUUAUAAAAAUAUAUGUUUAUCUGAAUUUGUAAAGAUGUUUAUCUGAAAAACGCAUACAAUUCAGAUAAACAGUAAAGAUGUUUAUCUGAAUUUGAAAGCCUCAUGGUAAAAUUUGGGGUACAGUAUGCCAAUAAAGAAACUGACAUUUUGGGGAUUGAAAGGACACAUUUUUUAUUAUCAACGUUUCUGUGUUUUUCAUGACAAGUCUUCUCGACUCCUUGACUUGUCAAAUGUAGCCUACAUGUUGUACAUUUUACAGCAGUUUUUUGUACAUGUAGACAUGGGUUCAGAAUUGCUCUUACAUUCCUCUGAAGGUACGCAAGGUUGUUGACCACUGCAAAUGAAAGUCAUUUGGGAAGAAUGGCUCUCUGGAAUUGGCACAUUGUUAAGUCAUUUGUUGAAAACAGAGGAAUAUCAAUACAAAUAUGCAUGAAAGAUACUGUAUGUAUGGCUCUUGGUAUGACAAUAUGAACAAAGUUUAAUGUUCAUACAGCAAUGCAUUUAAAUGUAGUCAUGAUAUUCAGUACUGCACUGGUUACUCAGAUAUUUCAGGCACUUAUGUUAACUUUUUUGUGUUGGUCAAUAUUGUUAUGUACUGUAACCAUACAUUUGUCUUUUAUUCUAUAAGUCUAUUUUAAUGUAUUCAAUACAAAUCCAUUUCCUUGCUUUGGUGAAUAAACUUUGUUUG